AAAAUCUGUUUUUUCCUAAAAAAACAAAAAAUAAUCUCUUCACCAAAACAAAUAUUCUAAAUCGAACACGCAACCUCCCUGAGUCGCUGUAAAUGAAGGCACUCUUAUCCGUUUUAUAACGGUGAAAGCAAAACCUGUUGCCAAAGAAUUAAAAACAAGUAAGCUCGCUCAUUGUUCUACCGAUUGAAAGCACGUCGAAUAAGCGCUUUUAGGAUUUAAAGGGGAAAACUUGAAGUGCCUCUGGAUAAGUGGUGGAGUUUGUUUGUUUGAUUGAUUUUGCAAAUCAGUUGAAUGGUAGGAUCCCCAAUCACCCAACAAGGUGUGAUUGAAGGAAAAAGGGGCAUAGGGGAAGUUGAAGUGAAAAAUGCUGAGUGAUAGAGAUGGGAAAGAGGACAUGGACAGGCUUAGUGACUUGCCUGACCUUGUUUUGCUUCAUAUAAUGAAAUUUAUGAGCAUGAAACAUGCUGUUCAGACUUGUGUCUUGUCUACAAGAUGGAAGGAACUGUGGAAACGUCUCUCGAAUUUGGCAUUGCAUUCCUCAGAUUUUACCAACCUUGCACAUUUCAGCAAAUUUUUAUCAUGGGUUCUGUUGAAUCGAGAUAGCUCCAUUUCCCUGCAUAGUCUAGAUUUGAGGCGUAAAGGCUGUAUAGAUCAUGAACUCCUGGACAUGAUCAUGGGAUAUGCUGUGUCACAUGAUGUCCAGCAGUUGGCAAUUGAAGUUAAUUUAAAUGCUAAAUUUGGUUUUAAGUUGCAGCCUAGUAUCUUUUCUUGUAAAUCUUUGACAUUUCUUAAGCUUUCCAUCUGGGCUGUCCCUUGGAUGACUGAACUUCCAAGUUCCCUGCAGUUGCCAGCAUUGAAAAGCUUGCAUCUUGAGCAUGUCACUCUAACUGCAGGUGAAGGUGACUGUGCCGAGCCCUUUUCAGCUUGUCACAUGUUGAAUACUUUGGUCAUUGACCGGUGUAACUUGCAUCAUGGUGCAAAAUUCCUCUGCAUAUGUAAUUCCAACCUUUCUACUUUGACCAUAGGUAGUACCAUUCAAGAAACACCCUACAAAUUUAUACUUUCUACUCCAAAUCUUAGAUCUCUUUCCGUGAUGCGUGAUCCUAUUCACCAACUCUCUGCUUGCAAUCUUUCUUUACUUGAACAAGUAAAUAUUGACGUUGAAGCCUAUUUUGAUGCUCAUUUUCAAAGGACACAUUUAGCCCUUAUAAGUUUGCUGCAAGUGCUCGCAGAUUAUGCAAAGAUAAUGAUACUCUCUUCAAGUACCCUUAAGAUUCUAAAUGGUCUCUCAACUUCUGGUUCAAUGAUAACACAAAUCCCUUGCUUUGUUCAAUUAAAGUCAUUGAAAUUGAAAAUGAAAUCUUCUUCAAACAUAUCUGAUGAGGGAGUUAGCAGGAUAGUAGAGUACUUAAUUAUAAAAUGUCCGGUGGCCAAAGUUGAUAUUAUAAAUUGCUGAGAGUGAUAAGAACACUUAAAUCCUCAGGUAGUAUGUUUUACAUAUUGUUCUGAUUUUGCUUCAUUUUUCCUUCUCUUCCUGAUAAUACUAGCUUAGUCUCUUCUCAAUACUCAUAGUCACAGCAAGUGAAAGGUUGCUAUAUAAUUUCCUUGUCGAUCCUCUUGUAACCUUGUUUUUGCUAUAUUUGGCUUUGGCACAUGACAAUUUUUAAGUAACUAUUACUGGGGACAGUCUUUUUGUUAUACUUGUAAUUUUGAUCAUCCUUGAAUAACAGAACUGUUGAAGGGGGGAAAAGAUCAAAAGACCACUUGAUAGACUGAUGAAUCUGAAGUUUCUUUUUUUGUUGGUGUAAUAUGUUGCAUCAUUGCCUAGUCUUAAGGAGAGCCUCUGUGGUAGUGGUGCUAGCCUUAUGGAAAUUAUGUGUAUCAUGCUCCUACCGAUGUAACUAAAUUAUUAUAUUAGACUAUGGAGUUGUUGUAUGAACUCAUGUCAAAGUUACUAUGAUGAGUAUGUUUAUUAUUUCUUAUUGAUUACUAGUAAUUGAGUUA